AUGGGGGGUUUCCAGGCUCAAAACCAACGCGACAGCGGAGUUUCUGAAUACUGCUACCUGCUCAAGUACGUCGAGAAAAAUGGCAGAGCCCACCUCAGCGACCCUUGGUCCAUCCGACAGACCGCCAUCUACCACCGAUUCGUUCAUCGAAGUGACGACCACACCUUCAUAAUCCUAAACUCCUCGGCAUCAUCUCGACAGCGCCUACUCCGAACCAAGGCAGAGACCACUUUGCUCCCAACAUGGGCCGAUGUUCAUACCUUGGCAGCAUCUCGUGCGUCGGCACAGUGGCGGGCAUAUCUCAAUGAGCUGGAAGAGAAACUGGAGUUUCUUAAAUCCAAGGCGCACAAUUCAGACACACUCAAUGGCGUCGAAAAGGCCGAUUCCUUUACUUUCCUUCAAUACACCGAUGUUCAGGACCUCGAGGUUCUUCACGACAAGACUUUACGGAUAAUCCACAUCCUCACUACAAACUUCGAUGCCCUACGAAGCCUUUCGUUCCAUUUGAACCGACACUCUCCAAGCACACACCCCGUUGUAGACUUGACAAUCGUGCAAGAUUGUGGCAGAUUACAAGUGUGCAUAACGGAGAUUGCUCUGCAGAGACAACGGGCCGAGACCAUUGUGAAGCGCCUCGAUGCUGUUGGUCAACUAAGCCUUAUAUCUGUCAGGGCACUCGAAGCGCUGCAUUCCAGCGGUAGAAUUUCCACGGGUUUGAUGAAACUAGCCCAGACCGACAGCAACCGCAUGCUUGACCUGUCAAAAAAGGCCCAUUACGAUUCAAGGUCGUUGAAGACAAUCACAGUCCUCACGCUCGUCUAUCUGCCGGCGUCUUUCGCAUCCCAACUUCUGAGCAUGGGUUACGUUUCACUGAAUAGAGACAAAAAUCCAGAGAGUCUGCAAUUUGCCAGCGAGUUCUGGAUUUUUGUGGUCUUGACCGUCAUCCUACUUGUAGCAACAAUAGGAGCAUGGUUACUCUUGGAACAUCGAAGGGCUAAGCGACGCGCUCAUGACGAUGAAGAGGUAGGCACAAGUUCGCAGGAAAAGAUCUGA